GUGUACCAGUGCGACUGUGGUAACAGCCUGACGACUGACGGGUGAUGAAAGUCGACCACACAGGAACCUCCUCCUGCAGCGGACAUACAAAUACACAGACGGAGGUUUAUGAGCAGUUCAUGAAUGAAACAUCAGAGUGAUUAAAUUCAACAGAAAAGGAAGAAGGUGAAAAGAGGAAGUGCUAAAUUUCCCUAAUUGAGAAACUUUCCUCGGUGUGGUCACACAGUUAUUUUCCUCCUACUUAGUCAACCAACAAACCCACAGCUGAAACUAAAAAUAAUCUCUUUCUAGUCAUCUUGCCAAAUUCUGCCACCACACUGAAUCAUCUACUCUGCUUAGAAGGAAGUUAAUGAUACAACAUUAAAAUUCAAUCAACCAAAAUGCUAUCAGAGCCAAAUGGAAACAUCACUGCCUUAGCGUUGAACAUGACGACCCCAGCCCCUGGUGGUGGUGGUAGAGGCGGCGGCUGCCCACCGGUCGGUAUUCAGCUAGAGGGUUUGAUCCUCCCUCCAGUCCUCGCCAUAGACGUGGUACUGGGGCUGCUGGGAAACAUCAUGGCCCUGUGGAUCUUCUGCUUUAAACUGAAGUCCUGGAACCCCAACAACCUGUUCCUCUUCAACCUGGUCAUCGCCGACUUCCUGGCUCUAGUGAGUCUGCCGCUGAGGAUCGAUGCCUUGCUCAGGGGCUACUGGGUGUUUGGAGACGGCCUGUGCCGGAUCAACCUCUUCCUGAUGUUUUCCAACCGCUCGGCCAGCAUUGCUCUCAUGACCGUGGUGGCAAUUUACCGCUACUUUAAGGUGGUCCAUCCUCACCACCGGUUCAACCGUAUGACUAAACGUCAGGCUGUAUUCGUGUCACUGUUUGUCUGGCUGCUGGUGAUGAGCCCUCGGGUUCCCAUGCUGGCUUACAACCACAUCAAGGGCAGCGGCGACAAAACCCAGUGCUUCUUCUUCACCUCUUACAAAGAGGCAUUGCGGGCCAUCAUCAUCCUGGUCGGCAUGCACCGGAUCCUGACGGUGCUGGAGUUCUUCAUCCCGAUGGCCAUGCUGCUCUUCUGUUCCAUCCGGAUCUCCAGCUUCCUGAGGAAGCGACAGAUGGGAAAACCAGACAAGGUGCGAAAGGCAAUGCGAGUGUGCAUUGCCAUCGUCGCAGUGUUCAUGGUAUGCUUCUUACCCACCACGGUGACGACCAUCGGGUUGUGGGUCAACCGCUCGUACUUCCCGUCGGACUGCGCCACCUUCUACACCUUCACCCAGCUCACCAUCGUGUCUCUGGGGCUGAACUUCUUGAACUCGGCCCUGGACCCCAUCGUCUACGUCUUCUCCAGCUCCAUGUUCAGGAAGGCCCUGUGCAACUCGUUGCCCCGCGCCCUGUGCUGCAGACAGGAUGCAGGCAACCAGGAGAACGCAGUGUCCUCGUCAGGAACUCAGUCCACCACCCAGCAGGAACUCAAGUCCAUGAGAGCUGACAGAGGCAGCGAAGACAUGGAAUGAGCUUCUCCUAAAAUAGUGACUGUAGAAAACGUCUCAUCUUGUUAUUGAUUUGUGUAUUUUACAGAGUUAUAUCUGUUUUUGUGUUUUUGAUUAGGGAUGCACUGAUCCGAUAUCUGGAUCGAAUAUCGGCGCCAAUAUCAUCAAAAUAGAUGUAUCAGGUAUCGGAAAAUGCAAUCUAUACCUGAGGCGAUCCUUUCCCUUUAAAUCUAUUGCGACGUGAGCUAGGACAUACGUCAUGGAGCAUAGGAGAGAAUCUGCUGUGUGGAGGUAUUUCACACUAUUUCAACUGCUGUUGCACAAUUGUUUAUUUUUGUUAAAAAUAAAUAGUUCAUCAUUGAAUUAAUCCGUUUCAUCUUGUUUCAUUUUAUCUUCCGAAAGAACUGUGUAGUCAUCAAUGCCUGGUGCCUCUAGUCUUUUCUGUACUACAAAGUAUAUAGCUUUUUAGGUCAACCAUGGUAUCGGAUUGGUAUCGGGUAUUGGCUGAUACUCAAAGUCACAGCAUCGGGAUCGGUAUCGAAACUGAAAAAGCUGGAUCGGUGCAUCUCUACUUUUGAUGCUGUUAAAGAUCUGUGAUCUUUGUACAUUUUAUAUUAUGCUUUUAACAUUGCUUUAUUACUUUAGUAAGGACACAGAAAAAGGUCCAUAGCAUCCACAUCAAAUGAAAAAACAAUCAUCUAUGUGCAAAAGUAUGAUAUAAUAAUAUAAUAUAAUAUAAUAUAAUAUAAUAUAUAUAUUAAAAAAACAAGAAAUGCCCAAGUUCAUAUAGAAAGACAAAUUCAAUAAACUGCGGCCACAAACAGGCUGAGAGCCAGUGGCCCCACAUUUGACUGGCACUGCACCAUCAUGGAAGUUUUAGAAGCAGUCUCAUUCCAUCAUGAAAGGCCACAUUAAGUCUUUGCAUAUUGUUCUUCCUAUAGGAGUGCCACAAGUGGGCAGGAUACAGUGACGUACAAAAUGCUCCAUCUUCACAUUAACUGAACACAUGCUGAAUUUGCGAGCGAGCAUAUUCACUUGACAAUAUAAUGACGAAGAUAUUUAAUCUCAUUACAAACUUUAAGAGCAAGACUACAGGAAACAAUAAUUUUCUGUGUGGUCAUAA